UCCCGGGCUGAUUCCCUGCUCCCGGCUGCCGGCGACCCCCGCCAUGCCGCCCCGGCACUCCAGGGCAGCCGCAGGCAAGGCCCCGAAGCAGCGGUCCCCGAGGAGGCAGCGCAGGCUGCAGGCGAGGGAGCGGAGACCCCCGGAGCACCAGGAGCGGGAGGAAGCGGCGGCGGCCACGACCCCCCCGCCGCCCCCCGCGGAGGGCGAGGGGCCGAGCUCGUGCCCCAGGUGCGGGAAGAGCUUCCAGGACGGCUUGGAGCUGGCCGAGCACCAGCGCGUCCACGCCGGCUCCAAGCCCCACGUCUGCCCCGACUGCGGCAAGAGCUUCCGGGACAAGGCGAACCUGGUCCGGCACCGCCGCAUCCACACCGGGGAGAAGCCCUUCACCUGCGGCGACUGCGGGAAGAGCUUCAACGACAAGUCCAACCUGACCCAGCACCGCCGCUUCCACACCGGCGAGAAGCCCUACGCCUGCCGCGUCUGCAGCAAGACCUUCACCGACAAGUCCACCUACAACCGGCACCAGAGGGUCCACACCGGCGAGAAGCCGUUCCGCUGCGGCUCCUGCGGCAAGACCUUCACCUGCAGCUUCCACUACAAGCGGCACCUCCGCCGGGCGCAGGCCCGGGGCCGCUGGCCUUGCGCCAGGGCCGCCCACCCCGAGCCGGCGCUGGACGACGGCGCGGAGGCUCCGCCCGCGGCCGGCACCCCCGGGGACCCAGCGCUCUCCCUCCCCCGGAGCCCCGAGGUGGUGAAGCGCGGGCGGGCCCCCAGCGACAAGAAGCCCUACGGCUGUCCCCACUGCCGGAAGCGCUUCAGCCUGGCCUCAGCGCUGUCCCAGCACCGCCAGGCGCACAGCGGCAAGAAGCCCCACGUCUGCGGCGUCUGCGGCAAGAGCUUCAGCCGCAGCUUCCACCACAAGCGGCAUCUGCAGACUCAUGGCUGCGGGGAGUGCCCCGAUGCCCCCCUGCCCCCUUAGCCCUGGCCCCCCUUCCCCCCCGCCCCUUCAACGGCUGGGAUGAGGAGAAACCUCCUGGAAGCUGCUCUCGGCCCUCCGGUCGUCCGUCUGUCUGUCCAGGGCUCUGGCAGCUGCUGUGCCACUGGGAUGAGCCCAGGGUGGGAAGGGGCAGAUACACAGACCCCCGCCUCUGUCGGGACAAAUGUGCUCAGAUGGCGGGGGGGGGGCACACUCAUCCCGAGUGACCCCAGGGGACCCUUUCUGGCAGGCUGAAUCCAAAUCCUCUAUUUUGGACCAAUUUGCUUCGGGGCUGGGGGCUCCCACCCUCCUGCUCCCCCAACCUGUGGCAGGGAGCAGCAGCAAAAGUGCUCUCUCCCCAUGAAUGCCUGUUAGUGAUAAUAAUUCUGGGGAUUUAUCCUGUCUGGUGAUGCCACCUGGGCUGAUCUUUGCCUGGGUUCGGGUGGGUUCUUCCCACUGCUUUGGUGCUUUACCUGGUCGUAAAGGAGAAUAUCUUUCUGAAUUAUAUUUAAAAAAUCCACCUCAACUUAA